CAAAAGAAUUCACACUGGAGAGAAACCUUAUGAAUGUAACCAAUGUGGUAAAGCCUUUUCACAGAUCAGUCAUCUCCUAAUACAUAAAAGAACUCACACUGGAGAGAAACCUUAUGAAUGUAACCAAUGUGGUAAAGCCUUUGCAAGUAACAGCAGUCUCUUAGUUCAUAAAAGAACUCACACUGGAGAGAAACCUUAUGAAUGUAACCAAUGCGGUAGAGCCUUUUCAAAGAACAGUAAUCUCCUAGUUCAUAAAAGAACUCACACUGGAGAAAAACCUUAUGCAUGUAUCCAAUGUG